GCCACGAUCUUCCUAUCUCAGUAACCUACAUCCCCUCAUCUACCGCCCUCGAACAGGCUCUCACAAAGAUGGAGUCUUCAGUGGCACAAGAUGAUGAUGAGAUACGCAUCAAGCUAUCUUAUCGAGGUCAAAAUCAUGACAUAAUACUCACUCCAUCCGACACUCUAGCCGACCUGUAUGAUGCAAUAUACGAAAAGACUACAGUUACCCCAUCGCAUCAAAAGAUCAUCGCUUCAGGACAGAUACGGAAGGUGUUCGUCGAUAAGAAACCCGAAGAAGGGGAGCAGCCGACACUAGGACAGCUCGGAUUCAACGAUGGGAAAUCGAAUGGUGUUAUCAAGUUGAUGUUAGUAGGGCCACCGGAAUCAGAAGUUGAAGCAAUACAGAAAGAAGAUGAAAAAGGAGCAAAGAUGAACAAGCCAAGACAAUAUCAUCCCAGCAUGUUACGUGGCGCGAAACCUAGAUCGACAAUGAACGCAUCUUCAUCUUCUGCAAAUCCGUUUCACAAUCUUCGAGUUCAUCAAGUCACACCACCUUCUGCGCCAGAAUAUGAAAUGAUCAUGACAAGGCUGCGGAAGCUGAGCACAGACGAAGCUGUUGUACAUGUUUGUAGAUUGCAUGGCUUUCAAGUUGGUGAACUAACGGAAUUGUUGCCACACGAACAUCCAAACUUGUUGGGCUUGAACGAGAAUAUGGGACAAAGGAUCAGUUUACGACUGAGAACGGAUCUGUAUGAUGGACUACAGCCAUACAGAGAUACCCGACGGGUUCUGUUACACGAGCUUGCACACAAUAAAGUCAACGAUCAUCCGCCUGAAUUCAAGAUUCUCAAUUCGGAACUGAAUGCACAAGUGGAAGCAUAUGAACGGGCUCAACAGCAAGGUACACAUCGAUUGAUCGAAACGGAUGUGUAUGUGCCACCUGAAGAAGGUCAAGAGAUGUCAAAUGGUGCCGCUUCCGGUCCUACUGCUCAUGUUUUGGGUGGAAGUGGUUCAACGAACGAUGGCGGUGACAUGCGUGCAAGACGAGAUAAAGUCUUACAAGCAACGAUGCGAAGGCUUGAAAAGGUAGAAGCAGAAAUUGAGAAAGGAUGUGGCUCGAAUGCUUGAUCAUUGUUAAGCGGAACUUAAUUAUUGUAUACUAUUGAUUGCUGGAUUUAAUUGUAUUCGUAUUUGCUAAUGGUACAUGUUUUUAC